AUGAUGUUGUUCAAGUACUCAGCUGUCGUUGCAGCUUUUGCCCUUUACGGACAGGUUGGUGCUGGGCCUUGCAAGCCCAUCUCCCGUGCUACGAGUUCAGGUUUGGAAACCUCCGGUACUGCUACGACUGAAGCUUCUUUGACUGCCACGAGCUCGCUCGCGGUUGAGACAUCGGCGACGGUCGAAACGUCUUCGGCCGCCACGUCAGUUGAGACUACCUUUUCUUCCGAGGUUUUGAGCACUACUGGUGAUUCUUCCACUUUGUUCACUUCCACUACCGAAACCGCGAGCCCUGACGCAACAACGACCGAGUUUGUUUCUACGACCACCGAUGUCUCUAAGACAGCUACCGCGACGACUUCUGCUGCGCCUGUGUGCGAGUUCACAGGAGAGUACACCAACUACGUCAAGAACCCUACUUUCGAUAAUCUAGACGGCAACGGACAACCCACCGCCGACCCGUGGAUCAUACUCGGUGUCUCAACUCUGUCAACCGAAUUCCCCAGAACAGGAGCCCGCUCUAUGGAAUAUUUAUACCCCGACACUUCGAUCUCAGGAAGUUCGGCCAUUCUUCAGGAACUCACCAACACCGUCGCUGGCCACGAGUACGUCUUUAAGUUCCACUGGGCGCUUACUGAAGGCCAGCCUCUCGAGGCAGAGGCAUGCAGAAUCGGUACAAUGGCUGGUUCGGAUGGUGCAAACAGGCUGUUUAUUGCUGUUGAUGGUGAUCAGGCAAUUACGCAGGAUGUAUAUCACGAGCAGGAGUAUCGGUUUGCUGCUGAGAAUGAUAACCAGAGGUUGUCGAUUGGGUUCUUUUGUACGAGUCAGCCGUCGGCGGGAGCGGUCAAGAUUCAGAUUGAUGAUAUUUCAGUUUACGACUACCAUGAGGGUUGUGAGAGUCCCUAG